AUGAAGGAAUGGGGGCCGAUUCUGUUCCAGGUCCUCCUCGUUCCCAUCACGGACAACACGGCGACCACCUCCACAAAUGACUGCUGGAAGAAGUUUGAGAAAGCACCCGGUCUAUCGGCGGAGAAGAUGCUGUUUUAUCGUGAAUUGUACCUCCAAAAUGCCGAUACCUUGCACUGGGAGGUGUCCCCUUUAUUCGCUUCCCCCGAGCAAUUUCAGAAGCUACCGCCCGCUCUGAUUGUCGUCGCCGAGGUAGACAUCCUCCAAAGUGAUGGACGUAGGUACGCGGCCAAGAUGGAGGAUUACGGCGUCGAAGCCGAGGUGGUGGUCAUGAAACGGUUGCCACACGCGGCUCUGACCCUGGGCGGCGUGCUUGGGGAGGUGGAAGGUUUCGUCCAGCGGAUUUGUGGUGCUGUACGAAAAGCCUUCGAUACCAGAACCUCACAGAUCGAUUCUCUUCCCGCUAGUCACAAUACUCAAAUAGAUAGAUAG